AAAAAUGGCUACUGGAUUGACUAUGUUAUAUGAUAUGUAGCGUCUUGUUUUGAGCCGUCGAUUGUGUUGUCGACAUUUAUGAAUGUGAAAAUUAACGAUUUUUUAUCCUGUUAUGUCAAUGAAGUUAUGUUGCUUGUAAUGAUUAUUUUCGUGCGUACUUGAUUCAUUUUGUCAGGGCAGUGAGAUAGCAGCUAGCUUGGGCUAGCUGCUCGUACUGUGCGUUAGUUACGCCAACUUUGUUUCAUUGUAGCCGCUUUAGUUUACCACUGACGUUACACCACACUGCAGCGGGCAAAGUAGUUUUUAACAACAUAUUGGACAAACAAAGAGCUUCAGAGAAUGCUGGCGACGGGAGCGGCUGUAACUAAUGUCACAGCCCUGGCCCAGGUAGACCGGGAGAAGAUCUACCAAUGGAUCAAUGAGUUGUCCAGUCCAGAGACCAGAGAAAAUGCCUUGCUGGAGCUAAGCAAGAAACGCGAGUCCGUGCCAGACCUGGCACCGAUGCUCUGGCACUCUUGUGGCACCAUUGCUGCCCUGUUACAAGAAAUAGUGAACAUCUAUCCAUCUAUUAAUCCGCCUACACUUACGGCUCACCAGUCUAACAGAGUGUGCAAUGCCCUGGCUCUUUUGCAGUGUGUUGCCUCACACCCAGAGACACGGUCAGCUUUUCUUGCUGCUCAUAUCCCUCUUUUCCUUUACCCUUUUUUACACACUGUGAGCAAAACACGGCCGUUUGAGUACCUGCGACUUACCAGCCUUGGAGUCAUAGGUGCCUUGGUGAAAACCGAUGAACAAGAAGUGAUUAACUUCCUCCUCACCACUGAAAUCAUCCCGCUGUGUCUUCGCAUCAUGGAAUCUGGGAGCGAGCUGUCAAAGACGGUUGCUACUUUCAUACUGCAGAAGAUCCUGCUGGAUGACACAGGACUGGCUUAUAUAUGUCAGACAUAUGAACGUUUCUCCCACGUGGCCAUGAUCCUUGGCAAAAUGGUGCUUCAGCUCUCUAAAGAACCAUCAGCUCGUCUGUUGAAGCAUGUUGUUCGCUGCUACCUUCGCCUCUCAGAUAAUCUCAGAGCCAGAGAAGCCCUGCGUCAGUGUCUGCCAGACCAGCUGAAAGAUAGCACCUUCGCGCAGGUGCUGAAGGACGACACCACCACCAAACGCUGGCUGGCACAGUUAGUCAAGAACCUGCAGGAGGGCCAAGUCACCGAUGCUCGAGGCAUCCCUCUGGCUCCGCAGUGAUGGGAACAGAGUGCGUGUUCACGGCUGACACAGAGGGACUCUCUUAUCACUGUCUAGAUUUUGUAUUUUGCCAAAUGUGGUGCUGAGACUGCCUGCAAAGUGAAGGGACAUAAUAGAGGAAGUUUUUUUUUCUUUCAGAUAGAUGGGUUGAUUUACAUCAGUAUGUCACCUCCACACAUGAGGUCACUGUCACACCUGAAGAUCUGUUUUUUAUGAGCCAGCCAAUGCUGACAUCAGUAUUUGAGAAUAAUUCAAUAAUGAUAUAUUGGCUGGGAAGUGUUUUGAUGUUUUUGGCAAGUAUCCUGAGAAUUGGUUUAUAGUGAUAAAGACAUGUCUUGGUUGGAUAUUUCAUAGUAAAAAGACUUCACUAUCACAGCAACAGUGAAUUCUGAACAGUAAACUGAAAAUUACAAAUACCAGAAAAUUGUACAUUAAAAUGCAACCUGUAAAUCAUUUAAUGCUGCAAUUAACCACACCACAAUGUCAACAUAUCAAUACUGACAUAUCAAUGAUAAGUCAGUAUACAAUUUUAAUAUCAGCUCUUCCAAAAUGUCAGUCAGCUCUGCUCUUUUGCCGUUUAUCACUGUCAGUAUUUGUAACAUUCCACCUCAUCAUAGGAGCAAUUAUUUUUAGCUUCUUGCAUUUCAAAUAAGACUUUUUAAUCUUC